UUCUUUUAGAUUUCUUUGGUGUCUAAACUCCAUUCUUGAUAGAAUCCUAAACACGUGUGCCAGAGAUUUUUUUUCCUCUGUGAUGCAGGCGGAAAUGAAAAUGUUGCUGGAUGCAGUUUUACUGAGUUUUUUCUUCAUUUCAGGUGUUUCUACAUGUGACCAGGCUAAAAGCCUGAAAACUAAUUUAAAAAGAAGCCUGGUGGCUCUGACUGGAUCCUGUUUGUUAAUCCCUUGUGAAUUCAAAGUUAACGACCCAAAGUUCUCUGGACCUCUGACUGGCUCGUGGCUUAAGGGAAGCCCUAAUUUUGAUGACACACGACUUAAUGUUGUUUAUAUGAGCACCCAGCAAAGCAAUCUUUACUCAAUGCAGUUUAUUGGAAACCUGAUGGAGGGAAACUGCACCACCCGUCUUUCAGAUAUUGUCACAAGUUACACAGACUACUACUAUUUCAGAAUUGAAUCCAAGGAGUACAAAGCAACAGCUUCCUGUGAUGCUCUUAAUAUCACUGUGCUUGAUUCUCCUCCAAGCCCUAAACUGCAUGUCUCUGGUGAGCUGAAGGAGAACAGCUCCGUCACUCUCAGCUGCUCGGCUGUCACUCCGUGUCCUCAUGCUCCUCCCAAACUUUCCUGGAACUACACAGAAGAGCCUGUGUCCACCACCAACAAAAACACAGACCAAACUCCUGUGACCAAAAUCCAGAAAACCAUCACUCUGUCAGACAAACAUGAUGGGUUAUCUGUCAAAUGUUCUGCUGAAUAUCCAGUGAAAGACGACACGAAGAGAGCAGAGGGGAACUUACUUCUGAACGUUACAUAUUCUCCUAAAACAUCUUUCAGCAUCCAUCCCUCAGCUUCUGUGCCAGCAGCAAGCUCUGUGAACCUGAGCUGUCUCAGUAGAGCAAAUCCUCCUGCCAGCCAGUUCACCUGGUACCAGAGGAGCAGUGAUGGAGACACUGUAGUUUCACGAGGUCAAAACUACACAGUUUUUAAUGUGACGCACACAGUAGUUUUGUUCUGUGUGGCCCGAAAUGCUCUUGGAGAAGGAACCUCAGAGGAAAUACAGCUGUGGGUUUCAGAACAAAUUCAUUGGAUGAUCAGUGGAGCCAUCAUCGGUUUUGUCAUGCUUGUUUGUCUGUUCGUCUGUGUUUGGAAACUACAGUCAAGAGUUCAAACUCCUCAAUGGAUACAGUCGAGCCCUCAAGUGGGUCAAAAGAUACAAAUCUCUCAGGGGUCAGCUUCUGCUUUGCAUGAAGAGGGAGAAGUCCAUUAUGGUGAAAUUGACUUCUCGAAGAGGAACAUGGACCGGACAGCUGCUGCGGUGGACCACAGGAGACAGCAGCAAGACACUGUCUAUGCAGAAGUCCGUGUCUCUGACUCCUCUCCUGGUGCCACACAGGCCGUGGCAGAUAUUCCUGGGGACCUUUAUGCUCAAGUGGAAAUGAAAAUGUUGCUGGAUGCAGUCUUGCUGAGUUUUCUCUCUAUUUCAGGUGUUUCUACAUGUUACCAGCCUGAAAGCCUGAAAACUAAUUUAAAAAGAAGCCUGGUGGCUGUGACUGGAUCCUGUUUGUUAAUCCCUUGUGAAUUCAAAGUUAAAGACCCAAAGUUCUCUGGACCUCUGACUGGCUCGUGGCUUAAAGGAAGCCCUCAUUUUGAUGACACACGACAUUGUGUUGUUUAUAAGAGCACCCAGCAAAGCAAUCUUUACUCAAUGCAGUUUAUUGGAGACCUGGCGGAGGGAAGCUGCACCACUCUUCUUUCAGAUAUUGUCACAAGUUACACAGACAACUACUAUUUCAGAAUUGAAUCCACGGAGUACAAAGCAACAGCUUCCUGUGAUGCUCUUAAUAUCACUGUGCUUGAUUCUCCUCCAAGCCCUAAACUGCAUGUUUCUGGUGAGCUGAAGGAGAACAGCUCCGUCACUCUCAGCUGCUCGGCUGUCACUCCGUGUCCUCAUGCUCCUCCCAAACUUUCCUGAAACUACACAGAAGAGCCUGUGUCCACCACCAACAAAAACACAGACCAAACUCCUGUGACCAAAAUCCAGAAAACCAUCACUCUGUCAGACAAACAUGAUGGGUUAUCUGUCAAAUGUUCUGCUGAAUAUCCAGUGAAAGACGACACGAAGAGAGCAGAGGGGAACUUACUUCUGCACGUUACAUAUUCUCCUAAAACAUCUUUCAGCAUCCAUCCCUCAGCUUCUGUGCCAGCAGCGAGCUCUGUGAACCUGAGCUGUCUCAGUAGAGCAAAUCCUCCUGCCAGCCAGUUCACCUGGUACCAGAGGAGCAGUGAUGGAGACACUGUAGUUUCACAAGGUCAAAACUACACAGUUUUUAAUGUGAUGCACACAGUAGUUUUGUUCUGUGUGGCCCGAAAUGCUCUUGGAGAAGGAACCUCAGAGGAAAUACAGCUGUGGGUUUCAAAACCAAUUUAUUGGCUGAUUGUACGAGGCCUCAUUGGAUCCAUUGUGCUUGUUUGUCUGAUGAUCUGUGUUUGGACACUCAGGAAUUCAAACACUUUAAUGCUACACAUCUCUGCGGGUUCAGCUUCCUGUCCACGUGAGGUCGAAGCAGACGUUCCUUGUGAUGAAAGUGACCUUCAACAGACACUUGCCAUGGUGGACAGCAGCAGACAACAGGCGGAAACUGUGUAUGCAGAAGUCCAUGUACCUAUUUCCCCUACUGGUUCCACAUAGACUGUUGCAGAUGUAGUUCUGGGGACCUUUUGCUCAAGUGACAUGACAUGAUGAGCAGCAUUUUUUUCGAAUACUUUCCUCCUCUGAAACCACACAUUAUUUUGUUUGUAUCUUUAUACAACAGUAAGUGUUUCUUACUUAAUGCAAAGUUUUGUGGAAAAAGAAAAAAACAUAUGGAAUGUGUGAAAAUAUU